CACCAUGCUGAUGUCAGAGGUUUUGGUGGGAGGAUCUCUGGUUGAGUCACGCAGCUGUCAAAGAUAGCUGUCAGCCAGGAUCAAACACAGUCAAUGAGAGGGGCUGGAGAGACGCACAGAUCUCAGGUAACCGCCAGCACAAAGUAGGUUUAUUAAAAGAAAACCGGAGGGGAAACACGCGCCUUUUCAUGAAUAAGGAUUUUCGGUUAUUCGGAUACACGCUGUGGAUUUCUGGAGGAGACACACCACACAAAGACCAUUUCCCUCUGCGCGUCACCGGGAAAAAGUGGGCAUUUUUGGACCGAGAUGAAGACGAAAAAAGGUUUGAUGAUGCUUUCGGGCAGCGAGACGGACGACGAGGACAGCGUGGACGCGCCUCUGGAUCUGUCGUCCAGCUCGGGGAGCAACGGGAAGAGGAAACGGCGGGGAAAUCUACCCAAAGAGUCUGUGCAGAUCCUCAGAGACUGGCUGUACGAGCACCGAUACAACGCCUACCCCUCGGAGCAGGAGAAAGCCCUGCUGUCCAAGCAGACUCAGCUCUCAACACUACAGGUGUGCAACUGGUUCAUUAACGCUCGGCGGCGACUCCUCCCAGAGAUGCUGCGGAAAGACGGCAAAGACCCCAACCAGUUCACCAUCUCACGGAAAGGCAGCAAAGGGGGGGACAGUUUCUCCGACAGCUCGCAGUCUCCGAAGCACGGCAGCCCAGCAGGGGGUCCGGAGGAGGAGAACUACGACCAGCGGGUGCUAAGCCCCUCCAUAUUCGACGUCCCAGGAGUCCUGAGGAAGAUGACGUCACCUUCCUCGUCUCCGACUUCCUCGUCUCCAUCUCCGUCUCCAUCUCUUUUCCCCAUUCGCCCGUCUGUCAUCUGUCACACCACUGUCACCGCGGCGAUGCAGCCCCUCCCCUCGGUGACGAUGAUGAACUCUGAGCUGCUGCAGGUUCAGGCGCUGCUCCGGUGCCAGGAUGACGAAGGGAGCCCUAAACCCCCCCCCACUACCACCAUGCUCACGGGCAUGGAGGGGAACCUGAGCCCCCGCAGCGGGCUCUUCAACACGCCCCCCCCGACCCCCCCGGACCUCACACAGGACUUCAGUGGCUUCCAGCUCCUUGUGGAUGUUGCCCUGAAACGGGCUGCAGAGAUGGAGCAGCAGGCCAAACAGCUGGUGUCUUAAAGCGCAGAAGAAGAGGAAAGAAAGUGACUUUGUGUCCAGACUUUGGGUCUCCUCGGUGACUUCGGGUCUCCUCGGUGACUUUGGGUCUCCUCUGUGACUUUGGGUCUCCUCGGUGACUUUUGGUCUCCUCGGUGACUUUGGGUCUCCUCGGUGACUUCGGGUCUCCUCUGUGACUUCGGGUCUCCUCUGUGACUUCGGGUCUCCUCUGUGACUUCCGGUCUCCUCUGUGACUUUGGGUCUCCUCGGUGACUUUGGGUCUCCUCGGUGACUUUGGGUCUCCUCUGUGACUUUGGGUCUCCUCUGUGACUUCGGGUCUCCUCUGUGACUUUGGGUCUCCUCGGUGACUUUGGGUCUCCUCUGUGACUUUGGGUCUCCUCUGUGACUUUGGGUCUCCUCUGUGACUUCGGGUCUCCUCUGUGACUUUGGGUCUCCUCGGUGACUUCGGGUCUCCUCUGUGACUUUUGGUCUCCUCUGUGACUUUGGGUCUCCUCGGUGACUUUGGGUCUCCUCUGUGACUUUGGGUCUCCUCUGUGACUUUGGGUCUCCUCUGUGACUUCGGGUCUCCUCUGUGACUUCGGGUCUCCUCGGUGACUUCGGGUCUCCUCGGUGACUUUGGGUCUCCUCGGUGACUUCGGGUCUCCUCAGUGACUUUGUCUGCAGAUCAAAUCCAUACGAAAGCCUGAUUAUUUCUAUUUUUGGUAAACCAAUCAAAUUGACGAGUUUUUUAUUGACUGUAUCGAGGUGCCUUGGCUGUUUAUUCAUUUCAAAUACAUGCGUAUGUUAUCUACUACAUGUGUAUCUUAUUUGCACACAGGGACCAAAAAUGUUAUCAGAGAAAUGCUGCCUGUCUUACGUCUUUCCAUUAUAUCGUUUUAGGGAGCGGAGAAGGAGUUAGUCGCGUCCGCACACGUUUACUGUUGUACAUUUCACAGAUGAGUUCAUGCUCGGUUUGCCUCGUUUGUUUGCACACUAAAGGCAGAGGAAGGUCAUCUCAGUGUCUUAAACAUACUUCAUCUAUGACAAACAUAUUCACUACUGUAGUAAAUGUUUUCAUGAGUACAAGUAUAGUUUUUAUUUUGUUAUUUAGCUGUUUUAAAAGAAACUCCUGUGCUUUUUUGUUUUGUUUUUUUUAUACUCUUUUCCCAUCAAGGGAUAUUUCAGAUGACCAAUGUAGCAGGUUCUUAGUCUGAGCCUCCAUCCCAUCACUCAGCGGAGAACCGACGGCCAGUGGACUGUAACAUUAAAACACUACAGAUGUUUUUGUUUCGGCAUUUGCUGACAAAGACAGCAUUUUCUGAAAUCACCAAAAAAGCAUUUCCAUGUAUUAUAGAACCAUGUGUAUAGUUAAUGUGACAUGAUGCCCAAUGAUGUGAUUUCUUUUUUCAUACUGUGCAAUGCUUGUGGCAAAUAGGGGUCACAUGGGAUUCAAAUAAAGUUUUGUUUUUCUACA